AUGGCGUCCAUGGCAGCAACAAUUGGUAUGGGCAUGGGCAUGACCCUAACUUCACACUUCUCAACCUCUUCUCGUCUUCUCGCUUUUCAACCAAACAAACGCCAAACUAAAACCUUUUCAAUUUCAACCAAUCGCAAAACCACCGUAACUGCCGCAGCACCGCCACCGCAAACUCCGAUCAACGACGAUAACACCCUUACUCUCUCGGGUUCCACUCGAACUGUAACCACGCUAUUCGGAAUCGCGGCUUUAUGUACCAAAGCUUUUGUUAAAAUUCUUCCACCACCGCAUCUAUGUUUAUCGAUCGGAACUUCGUCGUCGUCGCUGUUCUUUGCUUCUUUAAUGAAGAGGAGUACGCAGGGCUCGUUGAACACGCCGUUGACGGUUGUAGCGGCGGGGUUGAAGAAAUGGUUGGAUAUUUACAGCGGUGUUUUGUUGGUUAGGGUUUUGUUGAGUUGGUUCCCGAAUAUUCCGUGGGAAAGACAGCCACUUUCUGCAAUUAGGGAUCUUUGUGAUCCUUAUCUUAGUUUGUUUAGGAAUAUUGUUCCUCCUGUUUUUGAUACUCUUGAUAUUAGUCCUCUUCUUGCUUUUGCUGUUUUGGGAACACUUGCUAGUCUCCUCACUGUUCCUGUUUAG